GUGCGAGUGCGCGCUACAUCCUAGACUUCUACGCGGAGAGACCCAAGCAUCAUUUCAGCUGGCAAAGUAAUAUCUGAUCUCUUUCACCCUGCCUGAAACGUAUCCAGCGGCGACGAAGGAGCUUGAAUCAUGUGUGGGAUCUUUGCCUACCUGAACUACCGAGUGCCACGCACCAGAAAGGAGAUAUUUGAGACGCUGGUGAAGGGCCUGCAGAGGCUGGAGUACAGAGGGUACGAUUCAGCAGGUAUCGCCGUGGACGGCCCCAAAAAGACGACCCAUGACCUCAACAACAACAGUAUCUGCCUGAUCAAGAAGAAGGGCAAGGUCAAGGCUCUGGAUGAGGAGAUCUACCAAAAAGACCUGGUUGACCUCGAUGAGAGCCUGCACACACACUUUGGCCUGGCUCACACCCGCUGGGCUACGCACGGCGAACCGAGCGCUCUCAACAGCCACCCCCAUCGCUCCGACAAGAACAAUGAGUUUGUCGUGAUCCAUAACGGCAUCAUAACCAACUACAAAGAGCUGAAGGAGUACCUGAUCACCAAGGGAUACGAGUUUGAGUCAGAGACAGACACAGAGGUGAUCCCGAAACUCAUCAAAUACGUUUAUGACAAUCGAGAGAACGACAGCGUCACCUUUUCCACGCUGGUGGAGAGAGUGAUCCAGCAACUGGAGGGAGCCUUUGCCCUGGUCUUCAAAAGCCGUCAUUACCCUGGAGAGGCUGUGUCCACCAGGAGAGGAAGUCCGCUGCUCAUUGGCGUGCGAAGCGAACACGAGCUGCUAACCGAGCACAUCCCCGUGCAGUACAAAAGUGGUCACCAGAAGGAGGAAGUUCACGAGAACAGCCAUAAUCGCACCGACUCCUCCAAUGCCAUCAACUCAAACGGAGAUGGCAAGCCCGUGGAGUACUACUUUGCCUCUGAUGCGAGUGCCAUCAUUGAGCACACUAACAAGGUGCUGUACAUGGAGGACGACGACGUGGCAGUCGUCAAAGGGGGGGAGCUCUCCAUCCACCGGGUGAACCGGCAGGCCGGCGACGAUCCAGUGAGAGCCAUUCAGACGCUGCAGAUGGAGCUGCAGCAGAUCAUGAAAGGAAACUUUGAGGCCUUCAUGCAGAAGGAGAUCUUUGAGCAGCCGGAGUCUGUAGUUAACACUAUGAGAGGCCGGAUUUGUUUUGACACUAAUACAGUGAUUCUUGGAGGCCUGAAGGACCAUCUGAAGGAGAUCAAACGGUGCAGACGGCUAAUCGUGAUUGGCUGUGGCACGAGUUUCCACGCUGCGGUCGCUACCAGACAGAUCCUGGAGGAGCUGACAGAACUGCCUGUCAUGGUGGAGCUGGCCAGCGACUUCCUGGACCGCAACACCCCAGUCUUUAGAGACGACGUGUGUUUCUUUAUCAGCCAGUCAGGGGAGACAGCGGACACCCUGAUGGCGCUGCGAUACUGCAAGGAGCGUGGGGCUCUGACAGUGGGCAUCACCAACACUGUGGGGAGCUCCAUUUGCAGAGAGACCGACUGUGGGGUCCACAUCAAUGCUGGACCGGAGAUAGGAGUGGCUAGCACCAAGGCCUACACCAGCCAGUUUGUGUCCCUCAUCAUGUUUGGCUUGAUGAUGAGCGAAGACAGACUCUCACUGCAGAAGAGAAGGACGGAUAUUAUCAACGCACUUAAGGUGCUUCCAGAGCUGAUAAAACAGGUGUUAGCGGUGGAUGAGAAGAUUAAGGAGAUCGCCGAUGAACUGCAUCACCAAAAGUCACUUCUGGUUAUGGGCCGAGGGUACAACUAUGCCACCUGCCUUGAGGGGGCGCUGAAAAUUAAGGAGAUCACAUACAUGCACUCUGAGGGCAUCCUGGCCGGAGAAUUGAAGCACGGCCCUCUGGCUCUCAUCGACAAACACAUGCCCGUCAUCAUGAUCAUCAUGCGCGACGGCUGCUACACUAAGUGUCAGAACGCUUUGGAGCAGGUCACUGCCAGAUCGGGCCGACCGAUUAUUCUGUGUUGUCAAGAUGAUUCGGAGGUGAUAAAGAAUGCAUACAAGACCAUCGAGCUGCCACAGACUGUGGACUGUUUGCAGGGCAUCCUCAGCGUCAUCCCCCUGCAGCUGCUGUCCUUCCACUUAGCUGUCCUGCGAGGAUAUGAUGUUGACUGCCCCAGAAACUUGGCCAAGUCUGUGACUGUGGAAUAAUUACAGUUUACAAAGCCCAGCAGAUGAGACAGGUUGCUUUGGGUGCUUUAUGGAGCAAUUGUGCAAUCAAACAUUGGGUGUUUGUGGCAGGGUUAGGCUGAAGCGUGGGGACCAGGGGUUUUUAAGUGGAUGUGAGAGUGUGUAUGAUACUGUGAGUUAUAAAGACAAAGCUGCAGAGCAAAGAAGGGUUUAAAGGGUAUGAUAAAAUGCAAAAAAAAAAAAAAAAAUGAAAUGUGAAAUCUUACCAUGGCUUUAUGGAAAAAAUCCAUAAAAACACUCUCUCAAAGAUGUUCACAGCCAAAGAAACCUUCUGUGCCUCUUUUUACCGUUAGUUGAGCCAAAAACUUCUCUAAAUGAAAUGGUACACUGAAGUGUUUACAAUUGUGCAAUAUGGACCGCAAACUUGGAUUUUGAAUGUACAUUAUGACAUGGUCAUUAAUUCUCCACCUACGUUGUCUGUUUGUUAGGGUCAUUAAAUUCCUUCAUUGUGAAAUAAAAAAAAAUAGUUAUAAUAGUUACAUUUUAUAAAUUUCUUGAUAAAUUCAUGAAAAGCCUGGAGAACAGAUAAACAAUAAUCUUAUUUUUUUUUUAAAUAUAAUAAUUCUCUCUUAAUUUAAACUUCUUGUCCUAAGGCGAGUUCAAAGGUGUCCCACUAAGCCUUUUUUUUAGGUUUCUGUAGUUUUUGCUGUCAUAGGGAUUAUUCUAUCAUAUCAAAAGCACUCCAACAGUGAAAUAAAAUAAUUAUAAAUAAUUUUAUUAUAAAACAUACAACUGUUUGGAUCU